UAAGGCGGUCUUUCUAUUUCAAUAAAACACACACAACCAACGUGCUAUGACUGAGAUUCGCCAUUCAUAAAAGAAACUGCGGGAAAUAUUGGUGUUUUAGCGGACGACAUGGCAGCAACGUGUGUUUUUUGAGUUGGAGAAAGGUAGAAUCACCUCCGCGGAGAGUGAAGAGGAGAGAGAGGCGAAGAACAGAGGGGAGGGGGCGGGGGUGUAUGGACCUCGUUGCUUACGGGACCUACAGGCAGGCGCCCCGAUUGUGCUCAGCUCGCAUCAUUUUUGGAGGUGAGGACAAAAGGAAAAACGGGUAUCGGCAGAAAGGCCCGGGCUCCGAGUGUCGUGACGGGCCCCUCGGGGUUGUCUGGACUCAAGGCUGGGGGAAAAGCGGCGGAGCGGUCGACUGGAGACUGGGGUUUCCUGCCACAGCAGCGGGAUUGUGUCACAAAACAGCCUUUCACUCUUCGAGGGGCCUUGUAUUGCUACAUUUCAGAAAUGUGAAGCCCACACCAUCUAGAGGAGGAGGACUUGUACAUGGAAACACUAAAGAGAGAGAAAAACAGAGCUUGACUGAACUUGAAGUGGAAUAAAUGGAUUACCCCCCUUUGGGAAAUUGUUGCUAUGGAACCAGGUAGAAUUAAAUGACAUUCAAUAUCAAAAGAGAGCUAGGACGGCUAAAUGCUCAAGACACAGAGAAAGGAUCUGGCUGUGCAGUUGGAGAAAGUGAAACUCAUGUAUAUGGACCAAAGACUUCUGCAGUCUAGAUGAAUGAUGCAGAAGAAAGAACAAUGAAAAAAGAAACAGUUUCUGAAACAAUGACCAAGAAAAGGAUUUUCUCUCUUAGUAUUGCUUCGCUCAAGAACUCAAGUCAUGGAGUGCUUGCCCCUGGGAAUGUUUUGUAGAGAGCUGUACUAUGACCUGUUGAUUCAAGUUACUGCAUUGUGUAGCUCAAAUCUGUUUGAGUCAGGUUGUGGUAAACCUGCUCAUGAAAACAACUGAUGGAUUGCGUUUAUGAAUGCUCAGUGGUGUUACUGAGGCUGUCUUUUUGCACAAAAUGGUGUUGGAACAGAACAUUGUUCUGUCCUAGCAAAUCCUGUACAUUUAAAGACAUUUAAGUACCACACACAGUGCCAAAACGUGUUCAGGCUGAUAAUAGUGAACUUAUAUAUUUGAGCUAUUGAGUGACCAAGUGGCAACACCAACACAUAACCUAUAUUACCAUUGGACAGAUACACAUGCCCCAAUCUGUCAACCUCCUAUUGGUCAUAGUGAUUUAUUCUCCACCUUUCUUGUAAAACGUAGUUUUUACUGCUGGCAGUGCUGGGUUCUAUUUAUUCUUUUUUUUUGGGCCACAGAAAUUCCUCUUUUUUAUCCCAGACAUUCCUUGCUAUAGACUCUUAAAGACUUCUGUGUUUUUUGCAAACUUGGAAAAAGGAAAAUGCAGAAUUUUUCAAACAGCCCUGCUCCCUCUUCUCUCCCCCCAGGAUUUAGUGGGAGGAGUGUAGCAGGGCCUCCCUAUCCCUCUCAGCCAGCAGAACCACAGAUUUCCCCAAGGAUGACAGAUGAUUAUGCAGGGAUGCAACAGCAGAGCCUGCACAGAGGCCAUCCCCACCCUGGUCAAGCCAGCCACAUGCUAGCUUACAGCUCCAGGAACAGAGGCGCGGUGGAGCUGCCGCCAGCACAUGCAAGCAUGCACAGUGGCAACUCCAAUAACCCUUACAGAAAGGCUCCCAUGGAAUAUUAUUUUUCAGUUGGUGGAAAAGAUAGGAGCAGGACAAUGGGGAUGGGUUUUGGAACAAGCUUUGGCUACCCCAAUAUGGAUGGACAUAUCCCUCACCAGUAUAGACCAACUGGAUCAGGCUCUACACCACCUGUUGGCCUCAUGUCACCUUAUCCAGUAGACUAUGGCGCCGCAACUGGUACGGGUGGAGGAGCUGGUGGCGCUUUCUCUCCUUCACACCAGUACAACAUGGCUCAGAACCCUGCAAUGCAGUCAGUGCCAAGUUCUCAAAUGCAGCACCGCCAGCAUGGGCAAACCUUUCCGUCUGUCCAUCAGCAGCAUAGAAAUUAUCCUCAAUCUGGGCACAGGAUGACCCCCCAGUAUCCACAAUACUCCCCACAGGGAGGGGGUUCUACCGGGUCAUCUGGAAUGUACAGCCCCCCUCCACAGAGAUAUCUUGAUGGAGCUGCCACUACCGGAUUUGAUCCCAAAAUCAACAGUUCUCCCAGUGUGACUGCAGCUUCAAACUCUGGUUCAGUUGCUUCUAACAAUGUGGGUCCAAUGGAGAAUGUUCAACAGAGUUACCAUGCUUCUAAUUAUGCUGGAUAUUCCCCACAGACACAUUCACUUCACAAGCAAGCCACACUGCAGCAUCGCUCCUCUCAGCACAACUUAGGGGUAGGUUAUGACAACUCGCUGAAGAUGCAGCACCAAGGUUCUUCUUCAGGCACCGUCUAUGCUAAACAUCAGCAGGCCUCCAAUCCCAGUAUACCUCAAACCACAUCAUUAGAAUUAGCCAAAUCCCCAAUGCCUCCUAAUGCGCAACAAACCCAAAUGAACCAAAACUUUAGUCCCAUAUCAAACCCCUCUCCAGCCGCUUCUGCUGUGCAUUCUCCCAGUUGUAGCUCAUCUCCUUCUCCUUUAAUGGGGGUCUCAGAGGCACAUGGACCCUCAGGUCAUGUCCCGUCUCAUCCUCCCAUAUCAAACCCUCGUAGCAACCAUGGUCAUGCCAGAUUACUGCAGACUAUACCCCAAUUAAGCCCCACACCGAACUCCAAUAGCAGCAUUAGUAGUUGUGGUAGCAGCGGCAGUCACAAAGCUCAUAGCAGAACUGCGGUCGGAUGCAAUGUCCCUCCAGCAGCUCGCAAUAAGAUGGGUUUAGGUGGAGGGAUCGGACAACAAGAUGAAAACUCUGCUGUCUACUCAUCAUCUCAUAACAAAAUGCAAGAUUCUAGUCUAAAUAGUCUUAAUGCCUUGAGUUCCCAAGUUGCCAAUUUACCAAACACUGUUCAGCACAUGAUUCUCACUGACACAGUGCUCUCUCAGAAAAGGGGAAAAGAUGAGCUACUUGCACCUUCACAACCAAGGAGCAGAAAUGCAAGUGCCACCUCUAGUACUAGUACUAUUAAAGAUGGUGGUGUGGGUGUAGAGGUUGGCCCUGAAGAAGAACAGUUUUCUGAUGAGGAACAUGGAAGGCGGAGGCAGAUGAGUGGUGCAAGCAGUGGCUCUGAAACAAGUCAUCCUCCUGCAUCUCAGAGUCAACAGCAGACAAGCAAUGCCCCCCAGGCAAAAGAAGCAGGGGAAGUAGAAUCCAAAAUAGGAGAGACUGGUCCGAAACCCCACUCACCUCCUUCAUCAAUCUCGUGUUCUCUUCCUAACAGCAUUUCUGAACAUCCGUCUGGAUAUAAUGAGAAUGGAGUUUCUCUAAAGAAAAACUCAAUUAUUAAAAAUGAGAUUAUGAAAAAUGCAGCUGAUGGUGUGGAGAAAAAGCAGAAACUGAGUGGCCAAAAUGUAGACAUCAAAACACAAAAUAGCCAGGUCAAAGAAAGCAAACCGCAUGCCGCAUCCAGAUUACAGGAUAAUGAGAGAGAAGAAAAGCACACAUUGGAGGAGCAGCAAAGUGCCAGUAGUGUAGGGGUUAUUGUGUCAGCUCGGUCUGAGGCCAGUCUAAAUGAAAAGAACAAACCAGAAAGUACUGAAGAGAAACAGCCACGCUCACGGGACUCUAGCAGCCACAAUGGUGAAGAAGGUGUAGAUUUGAGUCUUUCUUCUCAUCAGAGAUCACAUUUAGGACUGCCUCAAAACCUGUCCCAGACUGGACCACAAAAAUACGGCUAUCCUGAAUCAACAUAUGGCUCAGAUUUGUCAAUGAAGAACAGGGGAAGAACGGGUCUAGGGGGUGUAAUAGAAUCAAAUUCCAAAUAUGCAGGGUACCAGCAAUCACAGACUAGUUCUGUAGCAGAGCCUACAGUGAAGAGAGGACGAGGGCCCACAGCCGCUCAAGGAGAUAACGCACAAAUGCAGCAAUUUCCAAGUCUCUUGCAGGAGGUACUUCAAGGUUAUAAUUUAGACCGGCGUUAUGGUAGACCAGAACAAGUAUAUCCUACCAAUCUUCAACAUCAAUUUCAAAACAGACACCCGUAUAGUUUGACUGAAAGUAUGCAGAUGCAAAGUGAUGCAACUAAUGCUCAGUUGGGUAGUUCUGAAAAAAACCUACAUCCAAAACAGAGAAAUGCUAAUGAAUCAGAUUUUGCAGCAGAGGCCUCUGUAAAGUUAGAAUCAUCCGGUGCAAAAUGUUCCCAAAAAACUGAAAAAAAUGAAAUGGGUGUGUCUAAAAGUACUUUACCACAUGCUGCAGAUGCUCAACAGCCGCCACCAAAACAUAUAAACUUAGCAGACUACUCUCUUCCACAGAGAAAAGCACUCUCUCACAUCUCCUCUCACUCCUCUGCUGUACAAGAGUUGCUUUUGCAAGAGCCUGAGCCACUCACAGGCAGUAGUGGGCAAAGUGAGGCUCAGAAACCAUCCGCCUCUGUAUUAGCCCCAUCAGAGCGGCGAUCCGUCAUCUGUGAUAUGUCGCCCAACAGACGCAGCACACCAGAGAGGGACAGGGAAAGUGACAGAGAACGGGAGAAAAGUCAAAGUGGAGCUUCUGUAAUUCAACAGCCAUUUUCCUCUCCAGCAGCAGCCAAUGAUGUGAGUAAAAAGGAUAGUGGGGAGAAACUAGUAUCAAAAGUGGAGGCUGCACCUAAAGAAGCUGAUACAGGAAAUUUUCUCUCUAUUCACCACACUGACCUGUCCAGGCGAGGGAAUGUGGAUGCACCUCCUAUGCCCCCACAUGCUCUCAGCACUAAUCCUUUAUCCUCUCCAUCAAGACACCAGACCUUUUUAAGAGGGAUGGAUUUAUCAACAGGAAAUGCCAGCAGCAGUUUUCAUGGCUAUACAUUUGGGGACAUGAGAGAAGGCAUGAUGCCACGCAACACACCCCAUUUUCCUUCUCAUCAUCCUUAUCAUAAUUUAUCUGGACAGAGCCAAUCCGCUAACAAACUGAUGUACCCCCCUCACCCACGUGCCCCACUUCAAUUGCCACAGGACAUGAAUGACUGGUUCAAGGCAAUGAGCAGGACACCUAAAGAUGUAAUGAUGCAGCCUGGCUCAUCUCCAGGAAGACAAAAGAUUAGCCAAUCAGAGCAGAGACAGAGAAUGAUGUCACACCCUGACAUGGCUAGUGAUAGAUCAUCAAUGCAGAGCUCUUUCUAUGAUAUGAAAAUAUGGGAGGCGACACACUCGGGGAGAGAUGGAGAGGCCUUCUACAGAACUCAGCCCCCUCCUCUUGCUCCCCCUCCCCCACCUGUAGCUUCACAUAACCCUGUUCCUCCAGAAAUAACUCCAGCUUCAAAUGCUGCAGAAUUCAGUGCUUCAAGAGGUCCCACUGAGGAAACAAAACAUCCCUGUCCAAAUCCUAUGAUCAGCACAGCUAAGCUAUCAACCGACAUACACUCCCCUCCUCCCCAGACACAACGGCAAAUUAAAGCUGGUGCUUCUGGAGACACAAAUCCACUCAUGCUAAGACGGAGAGUCCGCUCGUUUAUUUCACCUAUUCCAGCCAAAAGACAACUCCAGGAUACACCUCAGCAGAGGGCAGCCACCGCUAACUCAUAUCACUCCCCAGGGGCACACUCAGAAACAAGUCAUCACAAUGAAGAUGACUCAUCCAGUUCAGAAAUCUCAUGUCCCAGGCUAUCUUCUCCUCUUUCCAGGGAGAAUACCUAUUCACAAGCAUUGUCUCCGUCAAACAGUAACACUAAAGUCACACCUCCCCGGAAGGGGCGAGGGUUAAAACUAGAGGCAAUUGUGCAGAAAAUCACACCAAAUAUUAAAAAGCCAGCUGCCCAUACUGAUGAGGAGCCAAAUCAUUACUCUAGCUUUUCACACCCAAAUGAAAUGCAGCCAUUAAAUGAUAUACAGAACCAGGAUUUGACCCAUUUUCCCAAGGUUGCAGGAAGAGAUGAUGGAUACAUGGAUGAAGGUCACUCAUUAAAUGACAUGAUUCCUUUUCAAAGAGUUGAUGAAGCUUUAGCCCCAUCCACCUACAAACCUGAUUCUCGACAGACAUCUCAAACAAUGAAACAAAAAGAUUUUGACUUUGGAAUCCCAGCAUCAGCCUCUGGAGACAAAGAGGAUUUUGCUUUGCUUGGACCUUUACCUCCACCGCCUCCUUUGCCAAGGCCAGUUCAGGGUUCACCGCCACCAUCUUCUUCUGCACUUUCAGACAUCCAGCACUUCACAAAUACUUACCAACAGCUCGAAACUAGACGUGGAGAGCAGUCUGCUGCAAACCUCCUUCGACAGAAACUUCAGGAAUCUGGCAUGGGGUUUGACGACUAUCCUGGCAGUGACUAUUAUGGAACCACCCCUCCACAAGGACACAUGCUAAGCAGACAACAUCAGAUGUCCUCUUCUAGGUCCAGUUUGUCGCCACAGGAUUUGAAACAACAAGAUAAUUUGGUGCCAAAAGGCUAUUUCCCUUCUGGCAAAAAGAAAGGCAGGCCUGUGGGGAGCGUGAAUAAACAGAAACGAGCUCAAAAUCAAGGCCAGACUACAUCACAGACUUCAUCUCAAGCUCAGCCGGCAGCUCCCCAUGCUCCUCCGGCAUUGUCUACUGUAUCUACACCUGCAACUAUGGCACCCCAACCAGCACAAGGCAUCUGCAGCCCUGAGUCUGGAGCUCCCCCACUGCUGGAAAACAAAACCCCCACCCCCCCUCCAUUGGCCCCUCCAAUUCUAACACAGGUGUCCAAGGUCGAUCUGGAAAGUGAGGACACACAGCCAGAGCUUGAGGUCAAGCCUGUACGGAGAAGACGCAGAGGUGUGAAGGAUGAAGAUGAGCCUUUUGAGGCAGGAGGAAAGCAGCGGAGGAGAAGGAGGGGAGCAGCAGCUAUGCCGCCGUCACUGGCCAAAGAUGACCCUGAUGUACCUUUAAAUGCUGGCAGGGGCCUUACUAACCGAGCAUGUUUGGAUCCAAACAGGAAAGGACCAUUUGUUCCACACAUUCAUGUAGAGAAUAAAGUCCCUGAGAUUGGAGCAGUGUGCACUAUAAUAAAUGCAGAAGAGGACAAGAUGAAAGGAGAGCGAAGUGCCGUUGGAGGGAAGGCCAGCAGUAGUGGAAUUGAUUCUCUUCUGACCUCAGCUCUUUCUUCUCAGUUAUCUCGGAGAGACAGAGAAUCGGAGAAAAGGGAGACAGAUGAGGUGGAAACUACUCUUCAGUCAGGCAAAGCACUUCCUUCAUCUGGUUAUGUUGUUUCAGGCCCUGUGAUUACAGAGACCAAUCACUCGGGCCGCCUGCUCUGCUGCCUCUGUCAGAAAUGGGCAAACUAUAAGAAUUUAGGAGAUCUCUAUGGGCCUUACUAUCCAGCUGAAUAUGUUGCAAAGCUCCCCAAGAAUCAGCCCCAAGUUCGACAGUGUCAAACCCCUGCUGGUGCCAACAAAAUAGGACCAAACUCAGAAACCAGCUCAAAUACUCUAAGCACUACCCAAGACUUGCAGACAAAAGAAGUUAUGCCGUAUGCCAAACCUUCAAACUACAGUGACUACCCAGUCAGCCUGGACUCAUAUCUUAGCCGCACCGUUCAAACUGCCUUCCCAGCCCCACAGGAGGAAAUGAUGCACAUAACGGAAAGAUUCAGCAGCACUUCUCCCUUCCUCUCAUCUAGUACCACCAAACCAUCCCGUCUAAGUUGGGACAUGAAUGUUGACAUCAUGCAUAUUCCUGAACUCAAGAGGGAGCCAGAUGUUGAAGGUGACCAGCAGAAGCAGCCAGAGGAAACUCAGCUGCGCCCCCAGCAUAGAAAACUCACAUCACACCCCCGCUUUAAACGAAGACAUAAGUCCAGUGAGAAGAACCCAAGGAUGGUGCCAUCAAACAGUAAGGCCUCCCUGCCCUUCCAGCCUCCUCCUCCUGCUUUAGACUCCCUGGGUCCCCUGGCUCAACUUGCCCAGCUGCCUCAGAUGCCUAUGGACCCAGAGGAGCUGUGGGUGCAUGAAGCAUGUAUUGUUUGGACCAGUGGGGUGUAUCUUGUCAAUGGAAAAUUGUAUGGCCUGCAGGAAGCGCUAGAUGGAGCCAGAGAAACAUGUUGUUCCUUCUGCGACAUGGUUGGCUCAACACUGGGCUGCUACACUAAAGGCUGUACACUCCGUUAUCACUACCUAUGUGCUAUUGAAGCAGACUGCUCUCUGAAUGAAGAUAAUUUCUCACUGCGGUGUCCGAAGCACAAGGUAAAGAAAGAGAGUUUACCCCGAGCAUCCGGCCAAUCAAGUCAGUAUACCUGGAACAGUCAGAAAGAGGCUGAGAAGAGCAGAGAGGAAAAUGACCAGUUUGAGUAUGGAAACUGUUGGUUUGGCCUGCAGAUGUGUGACCAGUGAAUUGUAUUUCAGACUGCUCCAAACAAGAAAAGCAUCGGACUGGCACAUAGUAAGAGAACAAGGGAAUGUACAAUUUCUCAACGGGAAUCUGAAUCAUUCACAUCUAGGACUGCAAACUACACAACCACUUUUACAAGAAUAUCUAUCCAUGCAGGAAAAUGGACUUGCAACAUUGAGGAAAGGAAAAAAAAUAGCGGAUCAAAGUGCAACGAAGAACAUUUUUGUAAAGGACACCAACCUGCUCUCUAGGCUUUAUUUUUCACAAUGCCCUUAAAGCUCUUGUUUAUUAUUACCAUCUGUAUUGUCAUGUAAACUUUGCUUUCAAGUAUUCUCAUUAUGUACUGGGAGUUUGUUGCACCCGGAAAUAGAAAGAAGUAUCCUUAAAGAUGAGUAUUAUCUUAUAUUUGGACAUUUAUUUUAGACCUCCUUAUAAUUUUGUAUCCUCAUCAGUAUUUACGUAUUACGAUGAAAUGGAUGUAUCUGACUUUUAUUUAAAGAUCAUUUUGAAAUUUUUAAUGUUCAUUCCUGGAGAGGGAGGAGUCCUUUGGUGUUGAUGGAUCGUCAGGGUCGAGUUUUGCCACAAAGACAUUAUUGCCUUGCAGAAUGGACAUCUGUUGCCUUUCAAAAUUCAUGUGUAUGAAUGAGAGGUGAGUGUGUGUGAAAACUAAAGAAACUGCAAAUAUGUGGAUUUAAAAAGUGUUCUUAUUUUUCACCAUUGGGAUUCCUACGGUACAGAUCAUGAAAAAUACAAUGGAUGCGAGCUUAUUUUUCAAGUACAAUUGUGAAAGAAUGGACAGUGCAUCGGUACCUGCCAUCUUGGCCGUCAUUGAUGGCAUUAAGAUGGACUAUUGACCCGCUGUGGAGCAGAUGUUACAAAUUGGAAGUUAUGGGACUAAAUGUGUAAGCACUUGGACAUCUCUUGAAGUGGGUGCAACCUUAAUGAGUUUAGGACAAUAAUGCAAGGAGUGAAACCAAUUGGGACUUACAGAAUACAUCCAAAAGAGAAUUGCCAUAAAACUUCAAAGUGAGUCGUUCAUGGUGUUGUCUUUAUUAUUUUUUUUUAUUGUUAUUCUUGUAAAAAAAAAUCUCAAAGAAGACAGUUACACUAUCAGAACCAUGCUGUAUUAGAAACCUGUCAAUAUGUAUAUGAAUUAUGAAUACACUUAAAAUGCUUCAA